AUGUCCUUUGUUUGUAAUUUAGAAAACAUAGCAGUUCAUGGAUGCCUUCAGCUGUUGGAUGUACGUCGACCGGGUGUCAGCUUUCCCUCGAGGCCAGAAGUCUUCGUCCUUCUCUGUUCUACGCUCCCACUCAUUUUCUCGACACUAGCCCGACCCAUCUUUUGGCCCUAUCAUCCACGCUACUACCAGUUCAUCAAUGAGUUGGCCCUGAUGCAGGCACGUCUGUUUUUUGAUCUCUUUACGAGGACCGCCUCAGUCUACCACCUGGUCUACUGGGCCUACCGAAUGCCAAUCAUACGGUUUAUUUGGAGAACCUACCUGCGCUUUAAGGCCUUCAGGGCGGUUUGGACGAAAGAACACAUCAUUGAGGUGUUGCAGGACAAGUUUGCGCCCCCCAAGGACACGCGACUGCAACGUGCUUUCCAAAAUAAUCCCGAAUAUAUGUACUUCUACGCUCAGUUUCUGCAGUCUGGCUUGCCUAUGCAGUACUUACAACUAAUUAAUAAAUCCGGCGCCCGCAGCCCCGCGGACAUAUCCACAGCCGGCUUUGACGGUCUUCCACCGCCAGGACAGCCAGGGAGCAGUAGCAAAUACUCCCCCAAGCGUCAGGGAGCCGAGUCCAAAGCUGACGUGCUGCAGCGGGUGAACCUGAGUAACCUGAUGGUGCCCGGUUCCGAGGGCAGC